AAAUAGAAUCAUUGAUUUAAGAAGAAAAAUGGCGGAUUAAAAGUCUACUAUGUUAAAUCUUCUCAGGAGGCUUAUUUGCUUUCCUUUUAAAUUAACAGGUUUUUUACUGUUUGGUGAGAUGGAGAUCCAAACACUGAAGCAGUACAAUGUACUGCUGCUUGGAACCUGUUUUUGUCUUGUGUUUACCGGUUUCAAUACUAUGGGUGGAAUCCAGACCCUCAUAUUUAACUCAGCUACAACCAACGGCUCUGGUGGAUAUGUUGAAGGGUUCCAUGGAAAUGGAUAUUGGAGUUUGGCGAUCAUCUAUAUGGUAUUCACUGCCGCUAACAUAGAUAUAUCUCAUUGUUUAUAUUUCUCCCCCAGAGUGACAAUGAUAGUUGGAGCAGUCGCCUAUGGAUUAUUUAUUGCUCAGCUCCUAAUCUUAAAUGAUAUUCUUCUCUACGUUUCUUCUGCUCUACUUGGAGUAGGAGCAGCGAUAAUCUGGACAGCUCAGGGUAAUUUUCUCUCUUUGAACUCGGAUGACUCAACAAUGGCCCGAAACUCUGGAAUAUUCUGGGCAAUGUCCAUCUCCUCCAGCUUCAUUGGAAACAUCUUCGUGUUCUUCAUGUUCAGCAGAAGCGGGACGGAAUAUAUCGACGAGGCGACAAGAAAUACUGUUGGAAUUGUUCUUCUCUGUGUAACCGUGGCUGGAACAUGUUUAAUGUUUUUUCUCCGUCCUACUCCCUGGGCGGAAUCUACAACCUCUGCUAAGGGUCCGCUUGAGGCCCUGAAGGACUCUGCCAAGCUGUUCGUAACCAAGGAUAUGCUUCUACUAAGUGUGACCUUCUACUAUACUGGAGUUCAGCAGAAUAUUUGGUCCUCAGUUUACGGAACAUCUAUCGGGUAUACCAACGCGUUUGGCAAGGAGGCCAAGGAUUUGACUGCGAUGAGCGGGAUAUUUGUCGCCCUCGGCGAGGUUCUAGGCGGGGCCUUGUUCGGUAUAUUUGGUAGCUUGACGGUAAAACGAGGUCGGGAUCCUAUAGUACUUCUAGGGUUUAUCCUCAGUAUGGUUGCUUACUUCUUAGCAUUCCUGAACCUACCAAACAGUUCGCCUUUGGGGGCUACGGACGAUAAAGCUUUCAUAGAAUCUAACAAAUACCUGGCCAUUUUUACCAGCUUCCUCCUGGGCUUUUCAGAUGCUUGCUUUAACACACAGGUUUUCUCUAUUCUUGGUGGAACCUUUAAGGAGAAUUCUUCCUCCGCCUUCGCCAUCUUUAAAUUUAUGCAAUCCUUCGCUUGCGCCAUUGCCUUCUGGUACUCUCCUGUUCUCAAGCUGUACUGGCAGCUGCUCAUAGCAGUUGUACUGGAUGUACUGGGUACACUUGCGUUCUGUUUCGUAGAAUGGAGAAGAAACAAGGACUCAAGUAAACUUCAGGAUACAAGCUGUGGAUUAGAACAGGAGGAACACCAGUCAGAGAACUAACGAUAACAAGUUCCAUAAUAACAAUCAAACUAUAACGAUGCCAAGGACAUGGUGGAAAAUCGGGAUUUUUAGUUAAUAUUUAAAUAUCAAAUUAUUUUUAAUCCCAUAUUGGAAUAAGUAAAUUUCUACGAGUGCCA